GCCUUAGAGAUUGGGACGGCCCUGAUUUGCAGUCUUCGGUCCCGCCCUGCGAGGUCCGGCCACGUGGUGGGCGGACCGCGGCAGUUCUGAUCCGGAGACCUCGCAGGACCCGGAGUCCCGCCCACAGUCCAGGGCGGACGCCGAGAGGGGAGCGCGGGCCCAAGACCAGCAGAGAGCGAGCUCACCACGGCAGGGCAGCGCCGCGCCAUGGCCAGCAAGCGUCGUGAGGGCGAGCACCCAUCCGUGACGCUCUUCCGUCAGUACCUGCGCAUCCGCACCGUCCAGCCCGAGCCCGACUACGGGGCUGCCGUGGCCUUCCUUGAGGAGAGAGCCUGCCAACUGGGCCUGGGCUGUCAGAAAGUGGAGGUGGCAGCUGGCCGUGUGGUGACUGUGCUGACCUGGCCAGGCACCAACCCCAGACUCUCUUCCCUCUUGCUCAACUCCCACACCGAUGUGGUGCCUGUCUUCAAGGAACAUUGGAGUCAUGACCCCUUUGAAGCCUUCAAGGAUGCUGACGGCUACAUCUAUGGCAGGGGCGCCCAGGACAUGAAGUGUGUCAGCAUCCAGUACCUGGAGGCUGUGAGGAGGCUGAAGGCUGAGGGCCACCAUUUCCCCAGAACCAUCCACAUGACCUUUGUGCCAGAUGAGGAGAUCGGGGGUCACCAAGGCAUGGAGCUGUUUGUGAAGCGGCCCGAGUUCCAGGCCCUGAGGGCUGGCUUCGCCCUGGAUGAGGGCCUGGCCAACCCCACUGACGCCUUCACUGUCUUUUACAGUGAGCGGAGCCCCUGGUGGGUGCAGGUCACAAGCACCGGGAAGCCAGGCCACGGCUCACGAUUCAUUGAGGACACAGCAGCAGAGAAGCUGCACAAGGUUGUGAGCUCCAUCCUGGCUUUUCGGGAGAAGGAGAGGCAGAGGCUGCAGUCAGACCCUCAACUGAAGCAGGGGGCCGUAACCUCCGUGAACCUGACUAAGCUAGAGGGCGGUGUAGCCUAUAAUGUGGUACCUGCCACUAUGAGCGCCAGCUUUGACUUCCGCGUGGCACCAGAUGUGGACCUGAAGGCUUUCGAGGAGCAGCUGCAGGGCUGGUGCCAGGCAGCUGGCCAAGGGGUCACCUUCGAGUUUGCUCAGAAAUGGACAGAGCCCCGAGUGACAUCUACUGAUGAUUCAGACCCCUGGUGGGCAGCUUUUAGUGGGGUCUGCAAGGACAUGAACCUCACCCUGGAGCCAGAGAUCUUCCCCGCUGCCACAGACAGCCGCUAUCUUCGUGCGGUGGGGGUCCCAGCUCUGGGCUUCUCACCCAUGAACCACACACCCGUGCUGCUCCACGACCACGAUGAACGGCUGCAUGAGGCCGUGUUCCUCCACGGGAUCGACAUAUACACUCGGCUGCUACCUGCCCUGGCCAGCGUGCCCACCCUGCCCAGUGAAAGCUGAGCCCUGCGCUCUCCAGCCUCCACCCCUGACCAGUGCCAAGGACCCUUCUUCCCUCCUGCCCAACAAUAAAGUCUGUGUGGACAGGGACCACUUCUGAAGUA